GAGCCACACGGACACACGCACGCCUCCGUUUGGACUAUGGGGCAGAAAGACGCUUUGACGACGGGGGAGACCACUAAGUUUGUGACGGCGUGAUUUACGGCAACAGGCUGACUGACGAGAACUACAGACGGCGGAGAAGCUGCUCGUGCCUUUUGAGGGGGAUGAAACUUCGGGCUCUAUUAUCAAGUGAUGCCGACUAUCUCCGCGAGAAAAUGAAUCAUCAGGAGGCAGUGCUGAUAAUUUCUGGGUGACAGACCUGAGCCCAUACUGCUUCUUCACCCUGCCACAGUAUUUUAAUGGUUGGGACUGCCCGCCCAAAACUACAAUACUGCCCCCACAGACACAGCCUGAUGGUCACUGGUGCCAUGGGAGCGGUGCGAGUCAACAGAUACAGCAUUGUAUCUACAGAUGAAGAUGCCCUGAAGAUCUCUACCCUGGGCCUGCAUAAUGGUCAUGGGCCCAUGACGCAACAGAACCUGCCAGGGACCCAGACGGGAGUUGAGGAAGGAGAAGGAAGAGGAGAAUCUCCAUUAAGUGAAGUAGGAGGAGGGAUGUUGUCUCUCAGAGUGAAAGCAGAGCCCAUCGUCCACAAUGGCCGUCGCACCUCCCCAUCACGCCGCUUUGGUUUCGAUCUGGGCCCUGUGCACCUGCGCAGCCGCUUUGUGAAGAAGAACGGCCAGUGCAAUGUUGUUUACAAUAACAUGGAGGACAAGCCGAGGCGCUACCUGGCUGACAUCUUCACUACCUGUGUGGACAUCCGCUGGCGAUACAUGCUGCUCAUCUUCACGACCACUUUUCUUCUCUCAUGGCUUCUGUUCGGCCUAGUCUUCUGGGGAGUGGCCCUUGCCCAUGGUGACUUUGAUCCUCGAAGCACUCUAGGGGAAGAAGAGUCUCUAGGUGUUGCUGAAAAAGGAGACAAUGAGUGGCGUCCAUGUAUUCUCCACGUCCAGAGCUUCAUUGGAGCAUUUCUCUUCUCAAUAGAGACCCAAACUACAAUUGGAUAUGGUUUCCGGUGUGUUACUGAAGAGUGUCCCAUUGCCGUGGUGACUGUUGUGGUCCAGUCCAUUGUGGGCUGCAUUAUUGACUCCUUCAUGAUUGGCACCAUCAUGGCGAAAAUGGUGCGACCAAAGAAGCGGGCGCAGACGCUCUUGUUUUCGCAUCACGCCGUUAUCUCGCUGCGCGAUGGCAAACUAUGCCUCAUGUGGCGCCUGGGGAACAUGCGUAAGAGCCACAUUGUGGAGGCCCAUGUGCGUGCUCAGCUUAUUCGGCCGCACGUGACUGCUGAGGGAGAGUACCUCCCCUUGGAGCAGAAGGACAUUGACGUGGGCUAUGACGAUGGGCUGGAUCGCCUGUUUCUUGUGUCCCCGCUGGUCGUGGUCCAUGAAAUCAACAAGAACAGUCCUCUGUACAGUCUUAGCCGCACUGACCUGCAGAGGGAGGACUUUGAGAUCGUGGUGAUCUUGGAGGGGAUGGUUGAGGCCACGGCCAUGACAACGCAGGCCCGCAGCUCCUACCUGGCCAGGGAGAUCCUCUGGGGUCACCGCUUUGAGCCCUUGGUCUUUGAGAAGGGUGACCGCUACCACGUGGACUAUUCCCGCUUCCACAAGACCUACGAGGUGCCGUCCACACCUCACUGCAGUGCCCGGGAGCUGAGUCAGAUGACCGGUCGAAGAGGGCGGUCUUCUUCCUCCACCUCGACCUACUCCCAGUCGCCGUCCCCGUUCGCCCCACGGGUUGCCCGCCACCUCCUGGCCCCCCACUCCCCUAGCGCAUUCUGCUAUGAAAAUGAGGUGGCCUUGUGCUGCGGGGAGGAGGACGAGGAGGACAAGGAGGUGAAGGAGGCAGAGGCGGGGAGCCCAAGUGGGAGGAAGGAUAGAGAUGGAGAGAAGAGAGAUGACAUUCAACUGGGAUUCAAGGAGAGGUUUGUGGAGAAGCAUACAGUGGAGAUGCUGUGUGUUCUGGACAUAGAGAGUCAAAUUAACUUUGACAGAGUACAGCCGGCCCUACCGUUGUACAUCAGCAGGGAGUCUGGGGUUUAAUGCCAGUCAUUGGGUAAUGGCAUGACUGAACAAUAUGUCCUUCUAUUUGAUUUCUCUCCUUUACUGUGUGCAAUAUUGGCAAAAUGAAGGACACCAUCAACCAAAUUGGUAGAAGAGAAAGGAAAUUGUGAUCUUGUAAUUCACUCUGCACAGCUUUAGCACAUAAGUUAUUAUGUUUUGAGGUCUUACAUAAUUUUUAUUAUUACGUGUAUCAGUAGAUUAUAAAGGUACAUCGCACUGUUCAUCUAACUUGAGAAGAUUGUGACCAGGAUUUAACUGAUUAGAGCCUUCUCUUAAAUCAAAAGGCGUUUUCAAGACAUAUAUCUCAUUUUAUUGAAUAUGGCAUUGUCAUCUACAAACAAGUUAAGUUUCUCAUUAAUUUCCAUUCUUUUUUUUUUGUAAAUGUGUUGUACUUUUGUGAUAUCUGUAUUUAAAACCUAUUCCAUUGUUCCAUAAUAAAUUGUGUUAUUAUGGAACAUUAUCCUGUAAUAAACAGCUUGGGAUGAAAACUUAAACCCUGAAACCAAACUAAUAUGUACAGAUGAAGAACAAGCACUUUAUUAUUAAAUUUAUCAUUAGAAAUAGAUACUUUGUAACAGUGUAUUGUUUUGUAUGAAUAAAACACAAUAAAACAGCACAAUUUGCUGUAC